AUGUCAGGAGCCGCAUCUGCGUCUGAAAGAGUCGCCUCAACUGAUGAUACCGAGACAAAGAGGCGUCGGGUGGAUAACGCAACACAACUCGGGGGAUUAUCGAGAAGAGAACAAGCGCCCACGGCCAAACCCACAUCGACAUAUGGGGAUAUGAAGCAGAAACCGGCAUGGUUCAAGGGCGAUGAGGACAAGAAUAUGAAAUACGAAAAGUAUGGUGAACGGUCGAAUAUAGCAUCUACAUCGUAUGCUAGUGAAAGGGCAGAGACUUCUGGCGUGUCAACAUAUCAACGACGAGGGGAGGAGCAAGAUUCACGAUUGAACAGAUUAAAACGUGCUAGAGAAACGAUCGAAAGAGAUUCUUCUCCGCGCAGAGAACAACAACAUCAGGGAGGCGGCGGCGACGUCGUCGACGAUGAUGACGAGGGCGAAGAUGAAUCAAUUCAGCCCUAUUUGCAUCUUGAUGUGGCUAAUCCCUCAACGACUCGUACACGAACUGACAACUAUCACACUUUCCAUAGUAGAAUUAAGGACAAAGAAAGUGGGGAUAUCAAUAGUAUUGUCAGGCAGCACUACAAUCAAAGAACCCAACAGUCCAAAAGGCAAGGACCCAGGACUAGUUCUCCAAUCUACAAAUUGAGGAAUUUCAACAACACAAUCAAGUAUAUUCUACUUGGCAAUUGGGCAAAGCAUGACCCUGAGUCUUCGCCAUUGUUUUCGAUACUAGACUUAUGUUGUGGUAAAGGGGGAGAUUUGAACAAGUGCGAGUUUCUAAAAAUCGAUCAAUAUAUAGGAAUUGACAUUUCUGAUUUAUCAGUCAGGGAAGCCUUUGAUAGGUAUUCAAGACAGAAAGCAAGGUUUAAACCACGGAAUGGUGCACGAGCUGACAACAGAUACAACUAUGAAGCUUGCUUUGCCACUGGUGAUUGUUUCACGCAGUAUGUUCCUGACAUCUUGGAACCCAACUUUCCUGGAAUCAUUGAGAAAACAUUUCCUGUUGAUGUUGUGUCUACUCAGUUUGCUCUACACUAUGCGUUUGAGUCCGAAGACAAGGUGCAUACUUUGUUAACCAACGUUUCCAAAUCGUUGCGAGUGGGUGGGCGUUUUAUUGGGACUAUACCUUCCUCCGACUUCAUCAAGUCAAAGAUUGUUGACAAGCAAUAUUAUAGAGAUGCCAACACCGGAAAGAUAAAGCUCGGUAAUGGAUUGUACUCUGCCACGUUUGAUAAGGAACCACCCGAGGAUGGCGUGUUUAGACCCCCCUUUGGUAAUAGAUAUAGUUAUUGGUUGAAGGAUGCGGUUGAUGAUGUUCCAGAAUACGUUGUGCCCUUUGAGAUCCUUCGAGCAAUUUGCGAAGAGCACAAUUUGGUUUUAAAGUAUAAGAAGAAUUUUAUUGACAUUUUUAACCAGGAGAUACCACGGUAUUUUGGAAAGUUGAAUAAGAAUUUGAUUGAUGGAUUAAGGCGCAGUGAUGGCAAGUACGGAGCGGAGGGAGAAGAGAAAGAAGCCGUUGGGUUUUACAUAGGCUUUGUUUUUGAAAAAGUUGGAUGA